GUAUUAUUAUUCCAACUCUUUCUGUUGAUCUGUACCCCAUUUAGCUUAUUGAAAGGGCAAUUAGUCCUUGUCUUACGGAAUGUCACGGUCUUCUGACAGCACGGCCAUGGAGAAGUUCCCCGAUGUACCGUACGAUAUGCCCGACAUCAGUCCCAAGGGAACAACAAUGUCUAUGCACAAUCUCGACACAAAUCCAGGCACUUCGGCUUCCGCGCCUUUGGAGGUUCCACGAGGUCGAACAGGUUCUCACCGGAGUUCGCAUGUUAAGAUCACGACUCCUCAGCAAUCUGGCGAGAGUAAUCCUCACGCCUCGCCCAUCUCUCCCACCUCUCCCCUCUCUCCAUUCAGACGACGUAUGACUAGAUCGAAUACGUUCCGGACUGUGGAAGAUUUCGACGAGUUCGAGAAUGAACCAGGAUGGAAACCAGGUGCUGAACCAGGUGUUGACCCUUCGAAGCCAGAUGGUGGUCAAGAGACGAGACCGACUCUCCAUGCCGAGUGUCAGAUUACCGUUGUCGAUUUCUCGCAAGACAAUUUGGAGGUACAUGAGUUGGACAAUCGUGAACUCAUCGACUUCGUACAGAAGCCACAGCCUGAUUGGGUCAAAUGUCGAUGGAUCAACGUCAAUGGUUUAUCAUGGGAUGUUAUUCAGGCCCUAGGUAAAUAUAAAGGCCUCCAUAGUCUAGCCAUCGAAGAUAUCAUGAAUACCAAGAAUCGCACCAAAGCCGAUUGGUAUGCCAACCACGCUUUCAUCCUUCUUACCUGUCAGAAGCUGGUCCGCAUAGUAGAGGAUGACAGCAGCGACAACGAGAGCAGCGAUGAUGAAAAGAGCGUUAGGAGGGAAAGCAAGGGGCUUGGAGGAUGGUUCUAUAGACAAUCGGGACAUAUAUCGGGACAUAUGGCGAAAGGCGAGACCAUGCUGGAGAGUGGCGCAAUGCAGAUGCCGAGACCAAUUCGAAGGUUUACGCAUCAGCCCACGAAUCUCUCCAAUGUGUUUAACCCAAACACACUGCGGACACUACAGAGGUUCCAUGCUUCGCCAAACUCUGCGCGAACGGAAUAUAUGGAGAAGAACUCGGCUCUGGUGUCUAGAGGAGUAGCAGUCACUGCGGAGCAGGUUGCUAUGUUUAUUACUUCGGAUAACACGGUGAUCGCGUUCUUUGAGCAGUCGGCUGACGACGUGGAAAAGCCUAUCUUGUCUCGAUUAGCAAGCCCCACCACCAUCCUGAGGAAGUCUUGCGACGCAUCAAUGGUUAUGCAGGCCAUCAUUGAUGCGAUAAUCGACAUGGCCAUACCGGUCACGUCAUGUUAUCGGGAUGUUAUUGAAGAUCUGGAACUUGACUUCUUCAUUAGCCCCAAGGUCACCGACACCAAAUUCCUCUACAUCGUGAUAUCUGAAGUUAGCAAGUUGUAUAGUCUUAUCAACCCGAUCCAGUCACUCGUCAGUGCGCUCCGGGACCAUAAGACAAAGCUGAGCCCGGAGGCCACGGCAAGAGAAUUGCAAAAUCCUAGUGGAGUCGUCAUCAUUUCACCGAUGGCUUAUACCUACUUGGGCGAUGUGUACGAUCAUUGCGUGCUCCUCACGGAAGGUCUCAACCAGAUUAAAGAGUUGGCUGAUCAUAUGAUUAACCUCACUUUCAAUACCAUCUCAACCAACCAAAAUGAGAGUAUGAAGCAGUUGACCACCGCUACCAUCAUAUUCUUGCCGUUAACCUUCAUCACUGGAUACUUUGGCCAGAAUUUCAACCAGUUUGAUGCGAUACAGGGUUCUGUUAAUCAGUUCUGGUACAUUGCAAUUCCUGUUGUGGCAGCGACAAUCUUAAUCCUGAUGCGUGACACGAUAUUUGCUUGGUUGGUCAGGUUCCGCCAGCGAUACCACGUGAAUAUCAUCAGGAAGAAGAAGCAGCAAGCGAAGAGGGCGCGGGCACGUGCCAUGACGCUCAAAAGAGCACGUAGUCAAAAUUAGAUCACCAUCUAAGCAAAACCGCCGGACGAACCCCAUACGAGCCUUCGUGUUUUUUGUUUUUUUUUUUUUUUUUUUUUUUUUUAAUAAUUAUCUUUGAUAUUAUAGGUUGAACUGGUAAUUUACAAAGAAGGCGUCUGCUUAAACGGCGCAUAAUGCAAAUGAUACCCAAUGCAUAUACAAAGUCCUGGACUGGUGUCAGGCGUAUAGAAAGUUCGGAUCAAAAUAGUCGAUGCAGGAUAGAUGGAAUAUCAGAGACGAUUUAUACAACUUACAAAUCUAGCCUACUGGGUCUGUCGGGGAGAAACAUAAAAAUCUCUCCUGGGAUAGUGAACUGCCUAGGUAGGUAGCGUAAUAACCGCCGGAUAUCGUCGCACCUCAAACAUUUCUCAAAGUUUGUUAACGACGAUGGGACUAGAACCGAAACAUUAUUUAUAUUUUUCUUUUACAUACUUUUAAUCAUUAUGCAAGUUGCCCUCUUAUGAUUUCUUACCUUGGGGGUAUAACUAGCACGACUCACAUGUCAGUAGGUUGCUAUAGAAAUAUACAACACAACACGAGUGCGUAGCAGCUGCCCGCCAACCGUUAGUCUAAGCCACGCUCACUCACUUAUUGUUUUCCCAUGCCAACGCGUU